AUGUCCAUUGAUUCGAAUAAACCUGAUAAACUCAUGUGGCGCCAAGGAGAUUAUUGUCAUGAUUUUUCAACAGCUCGUGCUUGGGAUUCGAUUAGGCAUCGAGAGUUGGAGAUAGAGUGGAGUUGGAUUGUUUGGUUCGGUCAGUGCAUCCCGCGUCAUGCUUUUUUAAUGUGGCUUAUCAUGAGGCGUAAGUUACUCACUCAGGAUAAAAUUUUGUCUUGGGAUAUCUCGCGUAGGAAGAAUAUGGACAUGAUGUGUUGUUUGCUUUGCUAUGCUAACCACGAUUCUCAUAGUCAUCUGUUUUUCGAAUGUAAGUAUUCUUCUCAAGUUUGGCAUAUGGUUAGGCACAAAGUGGGCAUGGUUUCGGUUCAGCCCAAGUGGGACGAUAUUGUUAAUUGGCUUCUGUUGCGGUCCAAGUCAAAGUCUGCAGCUAACUAUGUUGCAAGAUUGUUAGUGGCGGCUAGUGCUUAUUUGAUUUGGCAGGAGCGUAACGCUAGAUUAUUCAAGAACCAGUUGAGACCUCCAGAAACUAUAAGUGAAAUUAUAAUCCAACAGGUGCGUUAUAAAUUGAUGGGAGCGAAGUUGAAGAACUGUCACAACGUGCGUAGGCUGCUAAGGGAGUGGGAGAUUAACGGAACUGAACUUCAUGAUGAUGGCGGCUGA